GCCUUCCAAGUGACGUCACGAAGUAAACAUGGCGACGUGUUUGGGACGUGCAACUGCCGGGCUGCUUAAAAAUUAUGGCCUCCCGGCUUACAGGGGCCUUAACACUACUUUGUUACGGCAAUGCUCCAUCGCUCACACACUCAAAGUUCGAGAUAACAUAAAAAAGAAGCGCGAUGCGGCCAUGUUAGGCGGAGGAGAGAAAAGAAUUGCUGCCCAACAUAAGAAGGGCAAACUGACGGCCCGUGAGAGGGUGGCUCUGCUGUGUGACACGGGAAGCUUUGUGGAGUUUGACACAUUUGCUGAACACACUUGUUCAGAUUUUGGCAUGCAAAACCAGAAGUUUUCAGGUGACUCUGUAGUGACAGGUCAUGGAUUUAUACAUGGCCGAUUGGUUUAUGUAUUCAGUCAAGAUUUUACAGUGUUUGGAGGUUCACUAUCAUCAAUCCAUGCCAAGAAGAUAUGUAAGAUCAUGGACCAGGCAAUGCUUGUUGGUGCCCCUGUGAUUGGUCUGAAUGACUCUGGUGGAGCAAGGAUUCAGGAGGGAGUGGAGUCACUGGCAGGGUAUGCUGACAUCUUCCAACGCAAUGUUUUGGCCUCGGGUGUCAUCCCACAGAUUUCUUUGAUCAUGGGACCUUGUGCUGGUGGUGCUGUGUAUUCCCCAGCACUGACAGACUUCACUUUCAUGGUAGAGGACAGCUCUUACCUAUUCAUCACUGGUCCUGAUGUGGUGAAGGCUGUCACCAAUGAGGAUGUAACACAGGAGGAGUUGGGAGGUGCCCGCACACACACCACUCUCUCGGGAGUUGCUCACAAGGCCUUCAGUAAUGAUGUCCAUGCCCUUCUCAACCUGAGGUCCUUCAUGAACUUCCUUCCUCAGAGCAACCAGGACCCAUCCCCCAUCAGGAAAUGUGAUGAUCCAUGGGAUCGUGAUGUGCCAGGACUGGACACUGUCAUACCCUUGGAGUCAACAGCUGCAUACAACAUGCUGGACGUGGUGCAUAGCAUUGUAGAUGAAGGGGAUUUCUUUGAGAUCAUGCCCAACUAUGCCAAAAAUAUUAUAGUUGGUUUCGCCCGCAUGAAUGGACGCACAGUAGGCAUUGUGGGCAACCAGCCAAAGUCUGCUGCAGGCUGCCUAGACAUCAAUUCCUCUGUGAAGGGAGCAAGGUUUGUAAGGUUCUGUGAUGCAUUCAACAUUCCUUUGGUGACCUUUGUGGACGUGCCGGGUUUCCUGCCAGGGACAGCCCAGGAGUAUGGUGGUAUUAUCCGCCACGGAGCUAAGCUCUUGUUUGCAUACGCUGAGGCAACGGUGCCCAAAAUUACAGUGAUCACCAGGAAAGCUUAUGGAGGUGCCUAUGAUGUGAUGUCCUCUAAACAUUUGCGGGGAGACAUGAACUACACGUGGCCCACAGCUGAAGUUGCAGUAAUGGGAGCUAAGGGAGCGGUUUCUAUCCUGUAUCGUGGAGAGAAGGAUGUUGCUCACAUUGAACAAGACUAUAUGGAGAAGUUUGGAAAUCCUUUCCCUGCUGCUGUCAGAGGUUUUGUUGAUGACAUUAUACAGCCUCACACCACACGCCGCAGGAUAUGCCAGGACCUGGACAAACUAUCCUCCAAGAAACUGACCAACCCAUCAAAGAAGCACGCUAAUAUUCCAUUGUAAUAAAGUCUUUAGUUGUGCUUUGCAGUCUUGAGUUCAUCAUCACUGUUGUGAUGCAGUAAUGAUGCAUUUUGACAAAAAGAUAUGUAUGUAUAUAGAUAGUAUUACUGUAAAGUGUGAGAAAUUAUAUUAUGAUAGUACCUUAGUGUACAUGAAUUUAUUUUAGUACAUGUAUAUGUAUACUUAUUUGAAUACAUAGUUAUACACAUGAAUUUAUGUGUGUAGAUGCUUCAUCUCAUUAACUUAAUUAAAAGAAUGCCUGUCUGAUGUUGAAAUUAACAUUGUUAUGUUAUUAUAUUAUCUUUUUUUAGUAAAAGGUAUAUUCUGGUGAAUUUCUAAGCACACUUUGCAGCAGAAUGUGAUUACAUACUAUGUAUUUAUAUUUUUUAUUAAAUAGAAUGUGUUAUGACUAAA